AUGUCGAAAAGCAGUGAUCAGAUUGUGCUAGAAAGACGACUCAAACCGAUAUAUGAUGCAAUUGAUGCAGGCAGCAACAAAAAAGCAAUGCAGGAAGCGGACAAAGUCUUGAAGAAACACCCCACCACACAUUGUGCUAAGGUUUUGAAAGCACUGGCUUUGAUUCGUGCCGAUCGUAUAAGUGAAGCAUGGCCAUUGAUUGACGAAGUUGAAUCAGUAAAAGAUGAUUUUGAUGAAAAUACUCUCCAAGCUUUAUGUCAUUGUUUCAAGGAAGCUUAUGCACCUGAAAGAAUAUCUGUAUUAUACGAAAAGAUCUGUGCUCGUUAUCCCAAGAAUGAGCAGUAUUUGACUCAUUUAUUUAUGAGUUAUGUUCGUGUGCGAAAUUACAAGCAGCAACAAAAGACAGCUUUGGCAUUGUACAAGGAAUUUCAACGAAAUCCAUAUUAUUUCUGGAAUGUUAUGAGCAUUGUCAUGCAGGCAAUUACGGGGGAUCAGAAUCUGGCUCAGUCAACGCUAUAUCCAUUAGCUGAAAAAAUGGUUACAAAAAUGAUCGAGUCCAAUUUAAUACAAGCUGAGGCUGAAUGUGAUUUAUAUGUGCUUAUCCUAGAAAAUUCAGGACAGUAUUUGAAAGCUGCACUCUUUCUUGAAGCGGAUAGUUUGGCACGUCGACAUAUGAAACAUCCUGCUCAGUUUUUGUUCUGCAAUAUUUUAAGAUUAUAUCAACUUCAAGGCGAUCAUGGGACCGUUAUUGAUCGCAGUAUCAAUGAAUUGAAGAAUAAUCCCGAUGAUUGGUCACUGUGGACGUUUUUAUUUGAUUCAACAUUUGCAUCUGUGAAGUGUAUUGAAGAGGAGGCAAAAAAAAGAUUACUCGAUAGAGUUGUCGAACGAAUUUUGUCAUUAGUGGCCGAACCAUUAAAUGAAGUACUGUUACGUGGACCGUACCUUGCACGUCUAACAUUGGUCAGAAAGUUGUUGGAAAGUGAAGUUGAAGCAAGCAGUCUAUUGGAGACGCUUAAACUUCGUGAUCCUCAUGAGUAUUUGUUUGAGUAUAUUCGUUUGUUCCACAGUAAACCAUGCUGUUAUGUUGAUUUGAAGCCCUUUCUCUUCCUUAUAAAGGAUGACCAAGUUGAAAAUUUUAUGCAAAGAGUUUCGGAUUUUAUCACCAUGUUGAAAGAAGGGCAUAAUCAGGAGAAAGGGAAAACCACAAAUGUACAUUGGGCUGACAUUGUAUAUCAGCGUUUACAGCAGGGGUUAGGACUUCAUAAGAAGUUAUCAGCAGUUGAAAAAAGACAGGCUGUCACUUAUAUGGUCAAAAUGAUUGAUUGCUGUUCGGAUUCUGAUCUUGCCGCAGCUGUGUAUGCUCAUCUUGCUGCAAAUUUGCUGUGGGACUUAUAUGCUGAUAACGGAGAUGCUGACGCAUUAUAUGAGUUGAUAUUGCUACUGGAAUGGGUUGUAAAAAAUCAUCCAUCAGAUCCAAUCAGUGCUAUUAUUUUAUGUAAAGCUUAUUCAUCUAUUGGUGUUACAACCCAAGUGCAAAGGUUUAUGCGUGCUUUGGACAUAAAGUAUAUUCAAAGAGAUACGUUAGGUUAUCUCAUUUAUGGUCUUCUGGAGCAGUAUGGUAAGUUUAGUAGUGCUAUAAUUCAUUAUACGGAACUUGCUGCUUUCUUCGAUCAAACAGAAAAAGAGGUAUCGGAAUGUUUAACUACUGCUUACAAAAAUGGGAGUUUUUUACAAGUGCCGCGAUUAGUUGAAUUCCUGAAUAAAAUCAGCAAAUCGUUCAUUGCUGUCGGUGUUGAUAUACAGACCCGAGCUUUGAGUGCAUGUUUCGCAGUUGAUAAAGUUGAGCUUAUUGUUGACACUAUGUAUGGAGAUGAAGAACCGAUUGAUUUUCUUGGACUUGAAGAUAAUCGUGAUUUUGGUAUUAUACCAUCAUUUGAUGCUAACAGAGAGCAGCAGAAGCUUAACGAAAUGAAGCAACGUACCUAUCAUGAGCAGUGUGACGCAAUGAAAUUAAGCCAUUUGCUAAUGAAAUCAGUAGCAGCUGUAGGUCAUUCCAAAUGUACUUUAAAGAAUUUGUCCAUUUAUGUGGGUCAACUUAAGAAGCAUAUCGAGCAUUGCAGGCAAACAUAUAAGGAGGGUGAAUCUUUGCCCAAUUUGUUACAAUCUCCUCCACCAUUACAUUUAAGCGAAUUAAUAAAUACGCCAAAAAUGGAUUUAUUGAUGCUUUUAUUAAAAUCAGCUUCAAGUGUAGUGGAAUGUUCAGAACACGUCAUCUCAUCUAAUAUUAUUGAGCAUGUUCAUGAGGAAAAAUUGCUUCAUUGUUUGCCGAGUGUUGCCGAAGUUGAAGAAUUAGUUAUUGCUGUCGCUGCUUCAAAUGUUGCUACGGGUGCACUUUGUUUCCAUUUGACAUUACGGCACUGCAGCAUGGUGCUACAAAUUCUUUCAUUUGCGCAGUUAAUUGUUAAAUUAUUGGAAAUGGUUCUGGAUAAUAUUUUUGCAUUUUUACUUAGUCAGGGAACUAGAAAAGGUAAUUUCUCAAAGAAUCAAAGGAAAAAUAUUGUACUACAUAGGUUGCAUCAAGUGCGGACAAUGAUUAAUAAAGGUAUCACAUCGAUAAAUACUCAGUUAUCUGAUGUUCAUAAACUGCUCAAAAAUGAUGAUCUCAUCCCAGAAAUUAGUAAUGAUUAUGACGAGGCAGCAUACAUUAUAUUACUCAAAGAGCAAGCCCAAGUCGACUCAUCCAUUGUUGCUUCAUAUAUGGAUUCCAUUAUGGAUAUGCAAAAAACCGUAAAACGCAUGCUAAAUCAGUCGCAAGCUUGA